UGAAAAUUGGAUAGUGAUGAGUUGCGUCGGAGGAAGUAGAACAAUAUUCUCUUAAAACGUGAUGUAUCUGUUUGUUAAAAAGGGCGAUGCCGGCAUCAGAGGCGUUCCUGGAGUGCGUGGACCAGUCGGCCCAACAGGCGUGAUGGGUCAGACUGGCUAUGGCAAGACCGGAGCUCAAGGGCCUCAAGGAAACCCGGGUAGUCAGGGACCCGUCGGGCCACCAGGUUUGCCAGGUGUGAAAGGAGUACAAGGUUCUAAGGGAGACAAGGGAAGCUUAGGUGGUCAUGGCGCAGCAGGAGCAGAUGGAACUCCAGGUCCACCUGGACACAGGGGUCCAACAGGAAAGACUGGAUUAAAGGGAGAGAAAGCAAGCUCUAAUAUCUAUGUAGUAAUAUGGCAAGAUCGCUAGCAAUAAUU